AUGUACGAAUCGGAGAAUAACCGUGAAGAUUCGGAGCGAACGGCUUUCCGACGAACAGAGAAGAAGUACAAGCUCUACUUCGAUAACAAUGCUUCUUCCAAGAACAAAAAGAAUAAACAACCCAAACCGGUGGACUUAACGGAGGACAAAUUCAGUUCUCCAGUUUUCUCUUUGCAAAAUCACCCUGGCUUUUAUUUUAUCCCUGGGGCGUUAAGCUUAGAGAAACAAUGUGAUUUGAUAAGGGAGAGUUUAACUGAAUUUCCGCAGCCACCUAACAGAACUAAUCACAAUGCUAUAUAUGGUCCUAUACACAAUUUAUUUGUUGCGGCUAAAGAAGGGAAAGUUUUGGUUGAAGAGAAAUCUGCAAUUACUUCGCAUGAAUGUAGUUCUGAUUUGAAUUGUAGGGGUGGUGAGGAAUGGAAGUUUUUCACGGAAAAGGAAGCGUCCUUGAGAAAAUGCAGAUCUGUUUCUGGUUCUUCUUUGCUGCGAAAGUUGCGAUGGAGCACCCUUGGCUUACAGUUUGAUUGGUCCAAUAGAAAUUAUAAUGUGUCUCUCCAGCAUAACAAAAUCCCUGAAGCACUCUGUGAGCUUGCCAAACAAUUGGCAAAACCUGCAUUACCUGCUGGUGUUGAAUUCCAGCCUGAAGCCGCGAUAGUAAAUUACUUUGCAUCAGGAGACACACUGGGUGGCCACCUUGAUGAUAUGGAAGCAGAUUGGAGUAAGCCCAUAGUUAGUUUAAGCUUGGGCUGUAAAGCCAUUUUCUUAUUGGGAGGAAAAUCUAGAGAAGAUGCUCCCCUGGCGAUGUUUCUUCGGAGUGGGGAUGUUGUACUCAUGGCUGGAGAAGCAAGGGAAUGCUUUCAUGGUGUUCCUCGGAUCUUCACUGACAAAGAAAAUGCUGAGAUAGGCCAUCUUGAGACACACUUGAGGCAAGAAGAUGAUCUUUGUUUCCUAAAGUAUAUUCAAACUUCAAGAAUCAACAUCAAUAUCAGACAAGUUUUUUAA